CUUUUGAGUUCUGAUGUUUUUUAAUUUUCUUCAGAAUUUUAAUUUUUCCAAUUUGGAUAAUUUAAUUGUUAUGUUUUCUUUGCUUCUGUGAAGUUUUGAACAUUAAUAUCUUAAUUAAUCAGUAUAGAAUUUGAUUGUUGAUCAAAUUGGUUUGAAAAAGAAACUGUGACUUGUCAAUUGUUGGUUGGUUACCAUUAGAUUUGAGGUUUUGUUUUCUAUCAACAUCAUCAAUAUCUGAUCACAUCAUCAUUGUUAAUUAGUGUUUAUUGACACAACUACGGUUGCUUAUUGUUUAAAAUUAAUUCCACAAUUGAAUGUGUUUAUCUUUCUUUUACAGAGAUCAUUUGACUAUACCGAUUGUUAAUUGUGGAUCACUUUUUCUACCUCAGUUCUUUGGUUGUCCCUAUCAAAUUAAAGGGGAUGUUUCUGAGGCCUUAGAUUUGUGUUGCUGUGGCUAAACAGAGAGACCAAUUGAAAGGAUACUCUUAGUGUUCAACUAAUUGUUACUAUAAUUUUUUUACACCUUCGUUAAGGUGAUCUCUCAUUUCUCCUGAAACUAAUCGUUAUUAUCGGAGAAAAUUAUUAGGACAAUUUAACCGAUAAACAUGGACCAACCAUCAGCAAUCCUUGAGCUUGAUAAUGCUUUGGCUAUUGACAUGUCUGGAGCUGAUAUGAACACUGGAUUAGCAGCAAAUGAAUUACAAUUUAAAGACUAUCCUAGAGAAGCAAGUGGAUCAACUAAUUUAUUACCCAUUGGAAGUAAACAAAAUUAUUCAUCACCACCCAGAGGAGGUGAUGAUGGACCAACUGAUGACAAUGAAGAAUCAGAUUUAAUGGCAAAUGGUGCUAAAGUUAAACAACCGGCCAGUUUUUGGCAAUUAAAUUACUUUUCUCAAUAUUUCAAUGUAACAACACAAGAUGUUCUGGCCAGAAUUCUGUGGUCAGUUUUACCCAUGAAAUCUGCCACUGGUGCGAGUUACAUUGAGAGACACAUUCAGAACAAUGCUGAUAUUUAUGGACCUUUUUGGAUCAAUGUCACUUUAAUUUUCUCAAUCGCCAUUUUCGGUAACAUAGCAAAUUACCUUUCAACCAGAGAACAAGAUUCAUGGCAUAACGAUUGGAAUAAACUUGGAUUAGCUGCAAGCAGCGUAUUUAGUUAUACUUUAUUUGUUCCCGUUCUACUUUGGUUUUUCUUCUGGUUUCGAGGUUGUACCAUCACUUAUACACUUUUCGAGAUAAUUUGUGCCUAUGGUUAUUCUUUGUCGGUUUAUAUUCCAAUUUCUUUCCUGUGGAUUAUUGAAAUUCGUUUAUUACAAUAUAUUCUAGUCAUUGUUGGCGCUUUUCUGUCCGGUAGUGUGUUAACACUCUCAUUCGCACCAAUCGUUAACAGUGAUCCCUCACAAACCUUUAAAACCUCGUAUUUUAUGCUGCUAUUGAUUAUUGGUCUUCACUCACUAAUUGCUUUCUCAUUUUUAUUUUACUUCUUCUAAAUCAUUCUCAAAGUAUGGAUAUAAAACUCCUUCUAUCAUGAAAAAUUUAACAAUCUAAAUGUGUAUAUUUUUUUUCAAGGAAAAAUAUAAAAACAAAUUUAAAUACCAA